AUGGCAAAACCUCAAUUUUUGUGCCUCCUCUGGCUUUCUCUCGUCUCACUUUCCUUCUCAUCGUCAAUUUCAACAUCAAACCCUAAAGUCCAAUUGAAAUCUGGGACCGGGGAAGCCCAUCAGGAGCUUAUUAAGUAUGGAUUCCCCAUAGGACUCCUUCCGACCGAUGUGCAGUCGUACACUCUUAAUAGCACCUCCGGCCGCUUCUUGGUCAUGCUGGGGGACACAUGUCGCGUGACGCUGCCUCCCGAUAACUACCUGGCCACCUAUUCCAAGAAAAUAACUGGAAAAAUCGUGGAUAGUCGCAUCGCGGAAAUCGACGGGAUCAGUGUCCGGGCAUUCUUCAAAUGGUGGGGCAUCACCGGCAUCAGAUCAAAUGGUCAGGAUUUGGUCUUUGAGGCGCGCAUCUUCAUAAAGUCAUCAGGGCCUCCUUUUAACUGCUUGUUUGGGCUGUAUCACGCAUUCAACUGGAGCAGGCAGGACGCAGUGGGCUAA